AUGCCACGGAGUAAUGCCUCUGCUACUCGGUUUUCUAAGAAAAGGAAAGGUAAUUGCAAAAGGACUAGCUGGGCUGCUAAUAAUAUCUUAAGUACAUCUAGGAAAAUUUUACAGAAAACUGUCGUCAAUCUGGAUCCAUUUGUGGAAUCAUUGAAAAAAAAUAAUUCUGAUCUUGCUCGAAAGAACGUGGAAUUACAGAAAGAAAUAGACGAUAAAGCUGAUGAAAUUUUGCAAUUACAAAAAGAAUCAUUCCAGACAAGGAGUGAAUUGCUUCGUCUUCAGAAUUUUAAAGAUAGUGUUAUUUCAAGUGGCAUUCUAGAAAAACUUAUGCUAAUAUCAAGCGAUGCUUAUCGUUUGCAUGAGGUCAUUGCUAACGCUUCUCGCAGAAUUGAUGUUUCUUCAUCGUCUUUUGAUCUCUCCGUUGAAGGCUCCCCUAAAGAAAGUCCCGUGCAGAGUCCUCUUAAAAUUACUUCGAAUGUUAGGAAGCCCAGUCAUACUAGAUUGUCUUAUCAAAACUACCGACCGACUGCUCGAUCAGUUGAAAUGGAGAUUGACAAUUCGCUUUCUUCCCCGAAAUUCUCUAAUCUUUCUGUAACCAGGCGGACUGUUUUAUUGGAUUCGGAUAAUGUAGAAGACACUGUGAUGUCUACACCUCGAAAGACCUGCAAACUGUCUUCAGAAAGACUAUCUGCUCCUGUAUCUCAGGUCGACGAAAACGAUACGGCCGUGACUUCUCCUAACAAAUCUUCAGAGUUUUCUGUAGACAAGAAUAACGAGGAUCAAGACGUCGAUGUCGAUGAAACAUCUACGACUUUGCCUUUUCGAGAAUCUUCCAAGGGUUCUUCAGGCGGUCAGGCUGUAUGCGUCUCUCCUACAGAUGGAAAUGAUUUUAAUGUUGCAAAAUCAUGUCGACGAAGCCUAUCUCCCUCGGAUGAUGACGAUUUGAGCUCUUCUAAUCACGACCCCGACUAUGCCCCUCCUCUAAAACCGAAGCGGAAGAAGGCAGUGGUGACAAGAAAGACUUCUAAGGCCUCCGGAACUCAUCCUCUCAAGAUUUCUUUUACAUCAAAAGAUAAGGAUAAAGAUUCUGAUAUAAAUUUGGAUUCAUCUAAACCAAUGUCGAAGAACGUGACACAGUCAACUAAAACGUCUUCUAACUCUGAACCAACUCUAACUGCAUCUCCUAUUCCGUCCAACUUGAAACGGAAGAAAAUGGAGUACAACGAACCUGAUGUGAUAGUAGAAGAGAAGAAGUUAACAUUCGAAAACCAGCUUGCGGAAGUAUAUGGUGAAGAUGAAUUGGAGAUGGAACAAGAUAAGGUGGAGCAAGUUAGGGUUGAGGACGAAGGUGCUUCAGAAGCAGUAGAGAAGAAGGAGGAGGCGAAAGAAGAUGAAGUCAAGAAUGACGUAGAAGGGAUAAUUACAUCCACAAAACGCAAGGUCAGGAAACGCAAGAGAUGUCUUCGUUUGGUAGCAGAGGACUCCGUCUUCAUCCCCAUCUCUGAUAUGACAAUGCAGGUGGCAAGGGGCAAUAAUAAAGAGAAUGAAACUGACGACACCACUUCUGCGCAUAAUACUGACGAAGAUGCAACUUCUCCCAAGAGUGAAUUAGAAAAUCAACCAGUGGAGGCUGCGAAGAAGGAAAACGAUGUGAAAGAAAACUCGGAAGUAACUCUCUGUGGUGGCCAAGAGCGGUGCUUCAAAAUGUGUAUUUCUAAGCGGUCUCCAGAUUCAUUCUUUCAAUAUACCAAACUAGAUGUGUUUUUAGGCCCCAAGAUUUGGAAUGCGGUCAAAUCGAGGGCGAAAGUGUCCGCUUUGCGAUCGAAGAAAGAACAGGCUAAAGCCCCGGAACAUAAGAAAUCCCGUACUGAGGUGGAUAGUGAGAAGCCUGCACCUCGAACAAAAGCCCUUUCAACAGAAGCUGCAGACAAGGACUCAGAAGUUGAGGUAAUUCCGCCACCAUCACCUCAUCGACCCCGUCGACAGGCCAGGGCUUCUAUUUCCUACGUAGUCAAGCUCAAUACGUGA